CAGAUGUCAUCCUGUUGUCAUGGAAACGGAGUUUGUUUAUCAAUACUAACCGUAAAAACUAAAAUUGAUUUUGGAAAAUAUAUUGUUUUGUCAAUAGCGUAACUUGUGUACGAAUAAAAAAUUGGGAUCUUGACGAUUGAUUGAAUUAAAAAAUGACGGAACUCAUACCAAAAUUACAAGAUAACCCUCGUGCUGCUUUAGAGCAGUAUUUAACCGCACUUCAAAGUGAAUCAAAAAUGACUAGAAGGAAUGCUUUACAUAAAAUAAAUGAAGAAAUCUUCAAUAAUCCUGCGAAUUCUGAUUGUGAUCUCGCCAUUGUCUUUCCUGAUAUUUACGCGUAUGUGCUUAAAAGUUUUUCGGACGAAUCAGAAGCAUGCAGAGAAAACGCAAUUACGAUUAUUUCAAAUUUUAUACAGCGUCUGCCUUUGAAUGACUAUUAUUUAACAUACAUAUUUCCUGUAAUUGUGCGUCGUAUUGGUUGUCCAGAGAUAGUCGAGGAAUCGGAGGAGAUCCGCUUAGUUUUAAUGGAAUUGGUUCAUAGUAUAAUAGAUAAAUAUAAGGGUUCUCAUUUAUUGACUCCUUUUUUUAAUGAUUUCACGAGUAUUCUGACGAAGACGAGUACAGAUCCAUUCCCUAAAGUGAAGCUGGAAGCAUGUGAAUGUAUUAUAUUGCUUACUAAAGUUCUGCAACGUGAUUUCCAUUUUCAAUCGGAGAGUUUUGUGAAACCAGUCUUGUCGAAUUUUGCUCAUCAACAUUUUAGAGUGCGUGUUGCAUCUGUUAGAGCUAUAGGUGCUAUUGUUAUGGCUGGUAAUGUAAAAUGUUUCGAACUAUCCAUAACUCCAAUGGCUGAAAAGCUCUUUGAUGAGAACACUCAAGUUCGUCUCCAGGUUACUUUGGAAGUCGGCAACUGGAUGCUCAGUUAUAGAGAUAGAUAUUCCUUUUGGCAUCGAAUGAUACCUCUUUUGUUGACUAGUUUAAGUGAUGUCAUGGCUGAUAUACGAGAGACUGCAACCAAUCUGUGGAGAGACGUAGGCCUACAAUACAUGGAUGAGAAUGAAGAGGAUCUAAAGAAAAAGACAGAUUUUCUGAAAGAUGUGCCAUCUCAUUACCCAGAUGUUAAGAGGCCCAAUUUAGGGUGCAGGGUGUUAGUACAAAGCAAUAUUGGGAAAAUCGUGCCUGCUAUUGGCAGAGAAAUGGACGGCUGGCAAGCGGAUGCCCGUCUCCGUUCAUCCCAGUUGCUCUGCUGGUUGCUGCUCUGUGCUGAAGAGGGUGCCACACAGCAUGCGAAUACCAUUGUGAGAAUCUUGCAUAGAGGAGCCGCUGAUGAAGACCAGAGAGUUGUUCUGGAGAUAAAACGUGCGUCUGAGCUUUUCGGCUACUUCAUAAUACCUGAUACUUGGUGGCCUCUAGUGGAAGCAGAAGUUGACUCCUGGAGUGCUCUACUCGUAAUCACCAAUAUACUUAAAGGAUCUUUAAGGGAUCUGGUUAAAGUUAAGGUUUUGCACGAGUUGUGCAAGGAAUUGGCUGAUCCUGAUCGGUGUAGGGUUAGGAAGCCAAAGUAUCAAGAAAACCUCUUGAAAGUAUGCGAAGCUCUGAUGGAUCUCUGUAAAGAUGAUUGUGUCGCCGUCGCUGAAGAACUGUUCAUUAUCAAUUUCACGGUGUAUGCUAUGCCCGUUGAUGAUAAUAUACAGUUUAUGGCUUUAUCGAAUCUAGACAAGUUGCGAUAUAUAGAAAAAUGUGGGAAGACGUUAACCUCUCUAUACGAGCGUCACAUUCGACGCGUACUAUCGGAUAUAACGAGUGACGCGCUCACGUGGAACUUGCUGACGCCGGACCGGUGCUUAAUGGAAUGCGUGUUAUUGCGCUCAGGUGCCGCAAUGGGAGCGCAACUACAUCUCAUAGCGCCAUUGCUAAAAGAAUGUUUGGCCGUGCCAAAAGUGGACCCGGAAGUCAAACUGAAGAUAUUCACCGCGCUCUCAACUGUUCUGUUACAAAGGAAAACUAAUUUCAAAAAAAGUGAACCUGAAAAAUUGGAGGCUUUUUUGAAAAUCGUUAUUCAAGAAAUUAUCCUGCCCAACCUAGUAUGGUCGCCCGGUCGUACCUCCGAAGCGAUCCGUACAGCUGCGGUUGCGUGUUUGUGUUCAGCCUUACAGGAGAACCCGGAGGAGGAUUCGCUGGAGAGGGGCGGCGAUGGAGAUGGUUUUGAUAAGGAUGUUAACUUAUUCCCCACGAAGGAGUCUCUCGAACCGUUCCUAGAGGAAAUGGUGCCACUUUUGGUCAGUCUAGUGGACGAUAACUCGCUGUUAACCCGCCAACACACGCUCCGUGCGAUCUGCUGUCUGGCAACACUGGCCAAACAACGUGGCUGUUUCACAGUUGAGAUACUGCAUAAGUUGUAUUUUGUUGUCCUAAAACGCCUAGACGACAGCAGCGACAGAGUGCGCUCGUACGCAGUGCAAACUCUAUGCACGCUGUUCAAAUGUCGCCCGGAAGGUUACGAUUGUAACGUUUUUGGCGCCCAUAUAGAUGCACUAUACAGCGCCAUGUUGAUUCACUUGGACGAUGCGGACGAAAGUUUUAGAAAGGAAAUGCUGGAUGCUUUACUCGCGUUAAGUGAUGUGGAUUCAUGCCUCUUGAUGAAAAAGGUUCAAGCUAAUAUCCAUUUGUAUAGAAAUAAAGCGGCCUACGAGAAACUUUCCAAACAUUUAGAAAAAAUUAUUAAAGAAAAAUAAUUUGUUAUAUUUUGUUAUGAACUGACUAGUUAACACUUUUAUUUAAUUUCAAAAGUUGAAUUAUUUUUUAUUUGUCUAACUCUAUCAAUGUAGGGUUAAAAGUAGAUAAUUUUACAUUAGCUUAGUCGGACUACCCUUACUGAGAAGUGCAAUUAUUAAGUUUAUACCUAUUAAACGCAUUGUUGAAAGAUUAAA